AUGGACAACCAAACCACUGUGAAUGAGUUCAUCCUCCUGACUGAUGACCCCCAUAGCCAACCUUUCCUCUUCCUGGUCUUCUUCCUGAUUUAUGGGAUCAACCUAAUGGGGAACCUGCUGACUAUGUUGGUGAUCCAGAUUGGCCCUCACCUCCCCACCUCCAUUUACAUUUUCCUGAAUUUUCUUCCUCUUCCUGUUGACCUCCGUCAAGAUCUACCUGUUGACCGCCAUGGCGUAUUACUGUUACUGGGCGAGCUGCCAGCCAUUAUGCUACACUGGAAGCUUGGCCUUAUAACUCUAGCUGGUUCGUGGAGCUUGGCUAGUGGGGUCGUCAAUGUGGUGGUCAACACCCUCCCAGUGUUGUGUUUAGACUUCUGCGGGCCCAAUCAGAAUCCCCACUUCAACUGUGAGUUGGAAUUGCCCCCACUGUUACAGAUCUCGUGCUCCAAUACCUUUGCCAGUGAAAUGGAUAGCCUCUCCCUGGGGGUUUCGCUGGGACUCGUCUCCUUCCUGCUCACCCUCAUCUCCUACAUUCGCCUCAUCUCCGCCCUCUUCCAGAUCCGCUCCUCCUGUGGCCAUGGCAAAACCAUUUCCACCUGCUUCUCCCAACUGACUGUCAUCCUUCUGUUCUACAGGACUGCGUUCUUCCAGUACCUGAGGACCCCCUCGGCACCCACCCCCAUGGCUCUGGACUGGGUGGUCUCCGUUCAGUACAGUAUCCUCACGCCUAUGUUGAAUGCCAUAAUUUAA